UGGUUAACACAUGUGUGCAUUCUCAGCAAGUGUUCUUGUGUAAAUUUGUGUAACUUUGGAUAAAACAAGUGCGUGUUCUGUGUAAAGGAAUCGUGUAGUUUCUCUUGAAUGUUUCCUGUCAUUGCUAAUGGAAGUUGGCCCGAUAGGCUGUUCGGGGCAAAAAAUCAGGCGCCCCGUACCCCGAAGGCACCGCCCCAAAAUGCCUUCCCCGAUUGACAUUGGGCUGAUACUCAGUCGGAGAAGAAAAUGACACGUCACACUUUUAUUUCCUUAAUACUGUCGUGGCAAGGGUUGUUUGUUGAUUAAAUAUAUGCUAGUUUGGUCGAAAUAAGAAAUUUAUAAAUGUGAUUAAAGCAAUCGGUAACUGCUUUUCUUCAACUCGUUAAUCCGGCAACGUUUUUCUUACCACCAGAAAACAGUUUUAUUUGCAAAACAGUUUAUGUGUCACGUUGCAGGUGUUUCGGCAGUGCCUGCUGGAAAUCGAUGUCGUUUUCCUGGGAAAUAACUACCAUACUAUAGUUUCAGGAAUUAUUAUCCCUGUUCAAGAAUAUUGGAAUUGAAAAACAUUUUCGUUAACUGUAGUUUUCUUCAUUUUGUUUUGUAAUGGCAAGAGAUCUCCUUUCAUCCAAUGCGCUUUUCUCAACUCCCCACAAGAAAAAGCUAAAAUCUAACUGUGAUGAUAUUGCCUAUUCUGCUAUGCACAAUCACUUACAUGAUAAUGAGCCAUCUAAUGAUGUUUCUUCACGUAGAACAACAAGGUCAAUUUCGCGAAAUCAAGCACGAGACGUAGUUUCCGAAGAAAUUUCAGCCACAACUAACGGGUCCCAAAUCCCUCAUCAAAUACUCGCCACAUCCAACACAAUGCCAUCGUCAGAAAUCGUAAAAGUAAAAAGAGGAAGAGGUCGACCAAGGAAAUAUCCAAAACCAGAAAGUGUUCCAGCUGUCGUGCCAUAUACAGCUGUGUUGAAUCAGCCUUCUUUGGAUGUGUUGAACAAUUUUCGGUUUCAUAGUAUGGAUAGCGGAGCUUCGAUAGCUGAUUCCUGUGCAACUAAAGGACCAGAGGAAGUACCUUGUAUGGAACAAAACUUUUCGUCGGGCUCAAUACCACCAUCAGAUGAAACCAUUUUCAUAAGUCUGCAUAAUUUCGGGAAUUCGCUAAGGAAUGACAAGCAGUGGGGCCCACUUUCAUGUCGUCAGCCAGUCGAAGAAGAAAUACUCGAAAUACCAGACAAUAUCCACGAACCGGUCAAAGAAGUUCGUUUUGCUGAGACACUCCUAAAACAAUCAAAAAAGAUUGGCACCCACAAUGACAUCGAUCUCUAUGCCAUUCCUCUUGUUAAACUGGGAAACCUAUUCUCAAGUGUUGAGCGAUUUACUUUCGGUGAAGCCAAUAACCAGACGGAGCAACGUAUAGCUUUGGUGUUCGGAGAAAAUACAUCCAAGCAAAUGGAUUUCAUCAACUGCAUCGCCAACUACGUCCUCGGCGUUGAAAAGGAAGAUAAAUUUCGUUUUCAAGUAACCCAAUUGGAAGCUAUCUAUCAGGUGAACUGCAUUAAGGUCUACACCUUCCAUCAUACCGAAGGAUACCGCGUCCCUUAUUCAUUAACAGUAGUCGCUAUGCCUAGUAAUUAUAGCGCUUGUGACUCGGAACUGUUCAAUGACCAAAGAACAGCCAAAGAAUUUCUCGAGUUCCUCAAAGAUAAAGAUGGUAUUCAGGAGUUGGACAUGAUUUGCAACGUAACUGCUGUGACAGAUGUCAGCCAGCAAUCUUUCUUGUCCAUAUUCGGCAACGACGUCGAUGGAAUCGUCAGUACAUGGCAGCCAAUCAGUUGCGUAGGCGACACAUCUUCGUGGCAAGAAACUAUGCAGAGCUUUUUCACGUCUCUGGCAGAAAGAAAGAAAAAAUCGCUGCGUUUAACCAAACAAGUUUUGGAAGAAAGGAAACAAAUGGAAGCGACUGUAGAUGGACUUCGACCACUCAUCAAGGUCGGAUGCGUGAAAAUGGAAGAAAUCAGCAAGACAAAGAAGAUGAUUGUUUUUUGUCAAGCACAAAUUCAGUCGAGCGAUGAAACUUUGGAAAAGUUCCAGGUUGAAUUGACUCAAAAAGUGGACCUCCCUGCCGGCCAGUACGUGAAUAAUUGUACCCAAUGCUACGUCACAUGCGGCAGUAACUCGUCUAUGAAGAAAGAAAAUGAAGGCAUGUCUUCUUCAAAUCUGUCAGACUCGGUUGUCGCUGUUUCGUGUUCUGCCUGCCCGGGAAAAUGCAACUCGGAUAUGCACGCUAUUCAGCCUUUUCGAUGGGUGUACGUGAAAAAGGAGCCUAUCAAUUUGUCCGAUCCUGCCAAUCAAAGAUACGAAGCUGAAAUGAAAUGGAAAAGCAUCAAAUCAACUGGACGGGAUUUGGUCGCUGUAUUGCAAAGUGAUCUGGUUGAAAACGGGACAAUGAUGUUGGAACAGUUUCAAACCAUAUGGAGGUGUAUCCAGCGAAUGAAUAAAAUCGCUCUUCGUGGGAACUCGUUUUUGACACAGAGAGUUUUCGACCUACUUUACGAUGCCGAGCAACAACUCAAACAACUCGAGUUUGAUGACGGGUUAGAAUGUUUGAAGAUAUUGGAACAUUGACGGCACCUUGGUUAGACGACGUUCCCCAUUCAUUUUGCAUACGAUAGUUUUCUUCGUGUCUGUUGAAAUAUCAAUCCAGCACCGGUUUAUUUUCUCGACAAGGAACCAUUCUUCUGGGUCCGAUCUCUUUUUUUUUUCUUUUCAAAUAAACGUGUAAGGAUCGUCGGUAAAUCCAUAUCCUUUAACAUGGCCAUGUAGGUACCUUUUGCCCUCCAUUUUUUAUUUAAAACGUCCAUUCUUAUAACGGGUGACAUGUGCCGAUUCAUUUUGUUUUGUUUUCUACUUCUUUCUUUUUCAGCCAAAUCCAGAUCUUUCUUGUUUACCUCGUUAGGGUCGUUUAAUGAAUCAUACAAAUAUACAGUCGCAACAGGAAAAAUAAUAGAGCUAAGGUUGCAUGGGAA